UUAUUUUACAAACAUACAUAUUUGAUCAUAAAAAAAAAGACUGCCGCCGAAUUCUUUAUGGGAAGGUACUAAUGCCGGCAACAGAAAACGUCAUGACGUGCUUUAUACUUUUUCUAGAUUUCUACAGUGCUGUGCCUUUGGAGCGGACUUUGUUUUACAUGGCUAGUAUAGCAAGCAGAACAAUAUGUGGGGAGCUCUUUCGCGAAUGCCACCUGAAUCGCCAUCUCCGAGAUCUCAACAAUCGUCGCCGACUCCAACGGCUACAUCUCAACGCCUAACAGGGUACGCUGACGCAGCCCGCCGCUCCACCAGCACUAAAAACAGCAACCGGAAAUCCAUUUCCCCCAACACCUCCAUCGUUUUAUAUAACGGUCCCCAUUACGACGCAAUCCUUAACACCGACCCAGCCAUGCUCGCCAUCGCCCGAUCGCAAAAUCCCAACAGCAUCAUCUUCAACAUGCAACAACUCUGCACCAGUUCCGAAGUAGAGGACAUCCUCGUUGAACAACUCGGCACAGUCGUCGCCUUGUCGACUCGUCUAAGCUCACAGAAACAACUUCUCGUUGAAGCACUUUUCAAAACUGAAGAACAAAAGAAAAAGGCACUUGAAUCGGGUGUCAUAGUCAAAAAUGAACGUAUCCUAGGCCUACCCCAUGUAGCAGCCGAUACCAACCUCGUUAAGAUUAACUUGUAUCAACUUCCAGUAUGUGACCCAACUGAGUUAACUGAAGAACUUCGUUUAGCUUUGACGGCCUAUGGUAAAGUCGCUCAAAUCUGAGCCUAUGUCUCUCGCCAGAACCAUGUUCUUAGGGGUGAGGCCACCGCAUUAAUCGAUGUCUCACUUUACGAGAAAGCCCCGACAAUCCGCCGUUAUCUUCACCUCAAUUCACCUUUCCCCUCUCGUGCCUUCGUCAGAGCGAAGGGAAUGCCACCGUUCUGCGUCUAUUGCAAGACCGACGGCCAUACUAUCAAUAAAU